GUCGCAUAUUCUUUCCAGUCCGAAAAUAGCUCUUGACGGAGACGGCCUGAGACGUUUGCGACUCUCGGUUGCUGCCUCAUUGACUCUUGGACGAACCGGUCCGUACGGGCUCUUCUCUCCGUUUAUGCGUUCCAUACGGGUCAGCUUACCUGGAUCUGUUACAACUUUUGGGCGAAUUCUAAAUAAAUCCUCUCUCGCUCUCUCAUGCCUUCAAAGGGACACCCAGGCGUCAUUAUCCCAGGGACUGACCCGUGUCGCCAGAUCCUUCCUAGUUGGGCAAAAUCGGGUUUUCUUCACAUUGCCUUCUUCUGUUUGUUUGCUGGUUGGCUUGGGAAGGGGGAAGAGUCGAGCGGUGCUGUGGGCUCCUUCCCAAAACGCAUCCAAAACAGUGAAACAUUCGCGGGAUGCUCGUCCUCUAUCCGUACAUAGUAGCAUUCUCUCGUCGCUUAUCGCACACGCCAAGGCCGGGCCUCAGACGUGCCAGAUAGGGUGGCCGGUGUGGAAGGGGCGGCAAGGAGAGCGAGGCAUCGUCGCUUGUCCUUGGGGGGGCCUGAACCGACUACCAGUCAAUGAGGGUCUCCUGACUCGUCUCCUUGUUUCCGCCAUUGACGCUGUCACUCGCUGCCUGCCCUAUAUCGCCAACGGAUUAUUGCAAUAACCGGUCAAGACCCUCCUGUGGAAGUCUUGGCGCUGCAGGCUACGGCUCAAGCAUCUCUCGAUGCAGGUAUAUUUCCCGACUAUUGUCAC